AUGCGAGGAUUUGCUCACCUAAGUUUUUUUCCUUUUGACAUCAAAUCUUGGGAAGAAACGUUUGAAUAUAAUCACUCGGAAAUAAAUCAUUCCUUGGAACACCAUUCGGAUUCACAAUACACGCACUAUUCGUCACCAAAAUAUUUCGUUGGACACUUCAUAAACCUUACCGAUUACAAAAACUAUGGUAUAAAAGCAACCUUAUCGCCAACUCCUCCACCACCGUCACACAACUUUCACAGUUGCUUACUCGAGCAUCCGAUAUAUUAUGAUCUUACAAUACAAGACUACACUACAAAUCGCCGUUGGACACUGAAGUGGGCCGGUUGGUGGGGCGGAGACGCCGGAUGGAUGAGUUCAGAUCCAAACUGUAGUGCAAAUGGCGAUAAGAUUAUGAUGGAUGAAAGACACGGAGAAAAUAUAAGUACGGAACAGGAAAAAAAGCUUGAACAAUACAUUUGGUUUCGUACUAAUCGUCUGAAAGCUAAUGAGGAAGCCAAAAAACAUAUCAAAAAGUUUUUUCCGAGAUUAGAAAUAGAUGAAGACGACCUGAACAGUGCACAUGUUUGUUUGGGUGAAAUGGUAAUUGUCGUGGAGAAUGAACGAGAAAUCGAUGAGGAUUGUAAAGGAUCAUGUAAUCAUGGCGGAGAUGACGAAUUACGCGAGGAAAGUGAAAAGGAGAUUGGAGAUGAAGAUGAGAUAGGUGAAGCUGAUAAUAUAAGUGAAGAAGAUCAAGUUGAAGAUUUUGCAAGUGGAAGGGAAGACGAGGAAUAUUAUAGUGAAAACGAAGAGAUGGCUAUUUUUAGUGAAGAAGAAUUAGAAAAGAUAUGCAAUAGAUUUUCUUAA